CCUCAUCUCUGUAUCUUUCCAACGGUAACCCACCGAGCAAUGGCGCUUAAAACUCUCUCAACAUUUUUAUCUCCUCUCUCUCUCCCUUACCACCACCACCACCUCUUUACAAACUCUACCCCUAAAUUCCUUAAAAUUCACACUAAACCCCCUCUCUUUUAUUGCAAAUCCACGCUUGUAUCAGACACCCAAUUCGACUCCGAAGGCAGCGGGGCAGCUGCCCCGACCCGAGGAGAUCGGUUUCUUGAACUUCAACAAGCUAGGGAGGCUGCUAAGGCAGUCAUAAAAGAGAAUAAGAAGAAGAAGAGGAAGAAAGAGAAGGUUUUGAAGGUUAAUACGGCUGUUGCUUCUUGCUAUGGUUGUGGAGCUCCGUUGCAAACCUCGGAGUCGGAUGCCCCGGGUUAUGUGGACCCGGAUAUGUAUGAAUUGAAGAAGAAACACCAUCAGCUGAACACUGUGAUUUGUGGGAGGUGCCGGCUUUUAUCCCAUGGCCACAUGAUAACUGCUGUUGGUGGAAAUGGAGGUUAUUCUGGAGGGAAGCAGUUUGUUUCAGCCGAUGAGCUUAGGGAGAAGCUAUCUCACUUGCGUCAUGAGAAAGCUUUAAUUGUUAAAUUGGUUGAUAUUGUGGAUUUCAAUGGGAGCUUUUUGUCUCGCAUUCGUGAUCUUGCUGGUGGAAAUCCUAUAAUAUUAGUUGUAACUAAGGUUGAUCUUCUUCCAAAAGGAACUGAUCUUAAUUGUAUUGGCGAUUGGGUCGUAGAGGCCACAAUGAAAAAGAAGCUCAACGUCUUGAGUGUACAUCUCACCAGUUCCAAGUCUUUAGUAGGAAUUGCUGGAGUAGCAUCAGAGAUUCAAAAGGAAAAAAAGGGGCGGGACGUUUACAUUCUGGGGUCAGCUAAUGUUGGGAAAUCUGCAUUCAUCAAUGCAUUACUGAAAACAAUGGCAGAAAGGGAUCCGGUUGCUGCAAUGGCAGAAAAGCGGAAGCCAAUACAAUCCGCUGUUCCUGGAACUACCUUAGGUCCAAUUCAGAUUGAUGCCUUUCUUAGUGGUGGGAAAUUAUAUGACACACCUGGAGUUCAUCUCCAUCAUAGGCAAGCCGCAGUUGUUCACGCAGAAGAUUUACCUGCUCUUGCUCCUCAAAACCGGCUCAGGGGUCAAUCUUUUCCUGUGGCCACUGAAAAGGGAAAAGCAGAUGAAUUCAAAUCCUAUGGCUUGAAUGGAUUUACAAUAUUUUGGGGAGGUCUUGUCAGAAUUGAUGUCUUGAAGGUCCUCCCGGAUACAUGUUUGACGUUCUAUGGACCCAAGUCUUUGCAGAUUCAUGUAGUACCCACUGAUAAAGCAGAUGAAUUUUACCAGAAAGAACUUGGUGUUCUGUUGACACCUCCAACUGGAAAACAAAGAGCAGACGGUUGGAAAGGACUUGAAAUAGAGCGCCUACUGCAAAUAAAAUUUGAAGAUCUGGAAAGGCCUGCCAGUGAUGUGGCUAUCUCUGGUCUGGGAUGGAUUACAGUUGAGCCUAUUUGCAGAUCACUCAAAACUUCUGAUAUAAAAUUAGAUGAAACUUCUAAAGAACUGCAUUUGGCCGUCCGUGUCCCCAGGCCUGUUGAAGUGUUUGUUCGGAAUCCAUUGCCAGUUGGCAAGGCUGGAGCAAAGUGGUACCAGUAUGAGGACUUGACAGACAAAGAACUGGAAGAAAGACCAAAAUGGUAUUUUUGAUUGUGGUGGUUCUCCUUUCUUUUUUUUUUUUUUUCUUGAGUAUAAUCAAUUUUUAUAUUUCAAAUAAGAGAUGUUGUAUCGUAUACAAAGUGAGAGAGCCACUGAGAGCAUACUCAGAAACUUGUAUACCUUGUAAAUUGUCUGUAGAAUGGGAGAGUUGCGUUAAAUUUUGAGGUUGAUGAAUUGUAGAAUAGACUUUCCUUUUACCAAAGCAAUGAAUAAGUUCA